ACCUGAAAUCAGAUCAGUCGGAAGCAAAAUUAAUUUCUAAUUUCUAAUUCCUUAAAAUAAUAAAAAAAAGGGGGAAAGAAAAAAAGAGAACUAAAAAAGGGAAAAAGAGGAGGAGGCGUAAGCGAGCGAGGAGGAAGAGGGAAAAGGUGGUUCGAGAAGAGCAAAGAACAAGGAGAGGAGAAUAGAGGAGGGUUGUUGCUCUCUUUCUGUUAAAGAUUCAAUUACUAGUAUUUCAUCAGUGACUCAUAAGCAGUGGUAUACAUUCUUUUUUUUUUUUUUGGUUUUAAUUUCAUUUCAAUGUAGUCCCGCCAAAGCCAAACAACCACAAACAGUUGUUUUUAUCAGAUUUUAGAUUGCCUUUAGCGCCCAAUCAAAAUUGGAUGAAUCGCAGCAGAUGAUGGUUUGUUGUUGCUCUCAGAAUCUGAGAGAUGGGAUUCACGCUUGUAUUCGCGAUUAUGAUAGGCUCCAAUAUGUGGCCGUCCUCCUCAUUUACAUCCAAAUUGGGUGCGCCUUGAUCGGAUCCCUGGGCGCAUUGUACAACGGAGUGUUGCUGAUCGAUUUGGGCAUAGCGUUGUUCGCUUUGGUGGCCAUCGAGAGCAGCAGUCAGAGCUUAGGCCGAACUUACGCCGUUUUGCUCUUCUGCGCCAUUCUGCUGGACAUUUCGUGGUUCAUCCUCUUUUCCCACGAUAUUUGGAACAUAUCGUCGGAGAGUGAGAGUCAUGGAAUGUUGUUCAUCUUCUCUGUCAGACUAACUCUGGCAAUGGAAAUCAUAGGGUUUUUUGUGAGGUUGUGGUCGUCCCUGUUGUGGAUUCAAAUAUAUAGGCUGGGGGUUUCUUAUGUAGACAGUGGUGCAGGUCCACGAGACCCCGAUUUCGAUUUGAGAAAUAGUUUUCUAAACCCUGCAACUCCAUCCAAUUCCAUACUUAGACCAUGCUCUCACAAUGACAAUGAUGACGUUUUAGGAGGCGCCAUCUAUGAUCCUGCUUAUUACUCUUCUCUCUUUGAAGACCGUCAACAACACAAUAGAAAUUCUUUUCUUGGUCAUAAUGAGGCUAUUAGUGGAAAUGAAUCUGCUUCUGGUGCUGAAGCUUCUCAGCUGAAGUUCUCUCCCGUCAAGACUCUUCAGGCUAUUGAUGGCUAUGCUUUGCUUUUCUUUUCUUUUUUGAGGAGCGUUCUGAACUCCCUUCUGGAAUAGGUGCAGUAGAUCUAACAGACAGCUCAAUUUAGAAAUAAGUCUGUCUCUCUAAUUGCCAUGUAGAGAUGGAAAUGCUAUCUGGGGUGCAUUUAAUUGUUUGAGAUCAACGUACAGUCUUUUUCUGCAAUGACUAUAUAUGUCCGUUCUUCUUAAAAAAGUGUCCUAAAGUUGCAGAUUGUCUUGCUAAUUGAUGAAUUAUUACAUAGGGAAACAUUCUGCCUAUUUGGCUUGAUUGUUGAAAGUUAUUGACUUACCUCUCUUGAUUGUCAGCUUGAAGAAAUAAUUAGAUUUUAUUUACCAGAAUAAUGUAAGAGAAAUAUUACAGAUUUUGUCCACUUUUGUGAUAGGAAUACAUUGAUUGCUGCCACCUGUGCUACAAAAAUUGACUGUUAGCAUUAUUCUGAUAAGAUUUUCUUCUGAGUACCAUCAAAAUCAAGUUAGUCUAGUGAUGCCGGUGUGCUUAACUAUUCCUUUAAGCGCACACUUCUUUCAUCUUCUCAGUAUGGUUUAUUCGUGCAGUUUCUAAAUCCUUGUAUGAUGACUCUGUUCAGAACUUGUAGUGGCUUGUUUGUUUAAAAUAUGUUUUAAACAUAAUGAGCUAUCUCAAAUUACAUAGUAAAAUAGCACUGAAAGAGUUAAAUUUAUUAUCUGUUUCACUGUUUUUUAGGAUAGCCAAGUGAAUAAAGUUUUGGACAAUUUUUAUAUCUGAGUUCUUGAGAACAAAGAGAAUAUCGAAUGGAGAGAAGAGGAGAAGAAAUCUUUUAGCUUCAAGGGCUCUUUAAGAGACAUCAAAGGCUGAUUGCAUCAUGGGAGAUAAGAGCAGUAAUGCUGGAAAUUUCUGAUAAUAAUUUUAUAUCAAAUGACGGCUAUUGAAAUUUAAAUAACAUAGGUACUUAUACCAAAAAUAAAUAAAUAAACGAGUUAAUCACACGUAUGCUACUUGAAUUAUAAUAAAUUGUACAAAUUGGUAACUAAACAUAAAAAAAUAUACAAUUUGCAUCCUUAACUUUCAAAUCGUGUAGCAUGUAGUUCAAAUUUUAACAUAAUUACUCACCUUGCCUACGUGGUAUCUAACCUAUACAAGCACACCAUGUGCAAGCCACAUGUGAAAUAAAAAAAUUGAGUAAUUCUUUGAAUUUCCACGUGGAUGCCAUGUGGCAACUCACAAUUGGUGGAUAUUGGGUAAAAAAAUUCUUUUUCUUUUCUAAAAAUAAAAUCUUAAGUUUCAAAUUUUGAAAAAAAAUAUUAUAGUAAAAUAUUAAAAUAUUAUAGUAUGCGGAGAAAUCCAAGAGUAUCUCACCUUUUACACUGGUUCAGAAUCUCUCUUAUUCCUUAUCCCCAUUUUCAUUCUCACCCACCUUUACAGAACCCUAACUCCAAAAUGAUUUUAAUGUUCUAGGUGUCUAGAUUGGAAUUGAAGCUUUUUUAAUUGGAUUUAAAAUUUAAAUUACUCCUAAAGAUAUUCAUUCAUGUUUAGUCAAAUGGGUCUGUACUGAUUUAAUUUGUGCAUGCGUGUCUUCUGGAAAUUGGAAAGUGAGUUGGAUGGUAUUUGCUUGGUUUUGAUGCUUCAAGUGAUUUGUCUAGACUUGAAGCUUGUUCUCCAGGUUUACUUUGUAGGUUUUAGUUUGAUUUUGUAGAAACUUCAGAAAAAUGUUUCUUGUGUACUAUGGACUCUAUGGUUAUUUAAAUGUUCUAGUUGUUUAGUUUGGAAUUGAAGCAUAUUUUGUUUGGAUUUAAAAUUUAAAGUACUCCUAAAGAUAGUCAUCCGUUUUUAGUCACAUGGGUCUUUACUGAUUUAAUUUGUGUGUGUCUUAUGGAAAUUGGGAAGUGUCUUGGAUUGUAUUUGCUUGAUUUUGAUGCACCAAGUGGUUUGUCUAGAUUUGAAGCUUGUUCUCUAAGUUAACUUUGUAGGUUUUAGUUUGAUUUUGUAGAAAAUUGAGAAAAAUGCAUCUCAUGUACUAGAGGCUUUAUGGUUAUGAUAGAAUUUUCUAUAGAGAUGGACUCCAUUUUCAUGAUUUAUUGACAGUGGUGGAGGAAAGAAUGAGAAAUGGGGCAUUGAUUGAUUUUUUUUGACUUGUUUAAAGACUGUUUGGUUAGUGAGAGAGAGAGGGAAAUUGCGAGAAAAUCUUGAAAAGAAGAAAGGUAUCUAUGUUUUGUUGCAAAUAUUAAUUGUUUUUAAUCUUUUGUACUAAUAUUUAUCUUUUUUUUUAGAAAAUUUUAAACUUGAAAAUCUAUUUUAAAAAAACUAACAUAUUAGAAAUGUUUUACUCAAAAUCUACCAAUUAUGGAUUGUCAUGUGGCAUCCAUGUUGAAAUUCAAUUCAUUUUUUUAAUUUCAUGCAUGGUGUAUGCAUUGCGUAAUUGUAUUGGUUAGAUGCUACAUGGGCGAACUAGGUUGUUGAUAUGUUAAUUUAGACUGACAUGGUACAUGAUUUGAAAGUUCAUAGUGCAAAUUAUAAUAUAUUUUGUUUCAAGUAUCAAUUUGUACAUGUUAUUGUAGUUCGGGCACUACAUGUGUGCUUUCUCUGAAUAUAAUAGCAUAGUUUCUUAUGAGCUAAGCCUUACAUCUUAAAUGCAAAUACCAUAUACAACCCCAAAGCCUAAUCUUUGAAAGAUAAGCAAAAGGAAAACUAAUAUAAAAUAUCAUAAACAAUUUAAGAAGUGUAUACCUAUAAAUUACAUUUAAGCUCAUAAAAUGCAACAAAGUAACAAAAUAAAAUCACUAAGUAAUUUAAUCUCUCUAAGUAGCUUCUACCCCUCUUGCAUCUUUAAAACUGUUGUAGGUUAGGUAGGUGAUUAGGGCUUAUGGCAAAUUUUUAUUUGAGUUCUUGAGAUAACAUAUAAAAUUCAUUAAAAGAAAAAGAUAAGAAAAGAAAAAAUCCCUAAGCUUCAUACAUAAGGUUUCUAAGGAGUCACACCUAAGGUUUAUUGCAUCACACAAUCUAAGAGCAAUAAUGCUGGAAAUUUUUUUAUAAUAAUUUUAUAUUAAACUAAAGCUUUUGAAAUUGAAAAUACAUUGUAGUUUUAAGCUAAGCUCUAAAUCCUAAUAAAUACAUAACACCAAAUUUGUAACUUAUUGAAACUAGAAGACAUUUUAUGGGUGCUGGACACUUGGUUCAACCAUUAUAUGAAACUGUGGCUAUAAUUGUGUUUUUUUCCCCUCAAAUUUUCAAUAAUGGGGAUUUUUUCUACCUUAAUUAUUUUUCUGAUUUCAAUUUUGUUUUAAAUUUUGGGGAAGGAAACAUGAGAGAACAGAAAGUAAGAGGGAAGAUAGAGAUGGGCUAAGAGAGGUGGAGGGGAAGGGAGAGAGGUUGGCAACGCUAGAAAAUAUGGGGGGAAAGGAGAGCCGGUAGAAUGGAGGAUGAAUGAGAGCAUCAAAAGAUGGAAGGGUAGAAAGAAGAGAGAGAGGAAGGGAGCGGAUGAAGAGCCACCCUCUGAUCCGGCCUUCUGUUACUAGAUCCAUGAUAGACUAGGCUGACAACAGCAAGGCAGAGGUUGGGAAGAAAGAAGAAAAAUGAAAAAAAGGAGAGAAAAAGAGAAGAAAGGGAAGAAAAGAAUAAAAGGGAAAAAAGGAAAAUAACAAAUGAAAGAAGAAAAUUUAUAAAAAAAAGUUUGAUUCCUUAUCGGUAGAAUAUAUAAAAAAGGUUUUCCUCAGUUUUUUUUAUCCCUUUAGGAGUUUGUUUAACAUUAUAUUUUGAUGAUCAUCUUAUCUUUUACAUUGUGUUGCCACAACAAACACGAUUUUAUAGCCUGUAAUAAAAUAUGAAUAUUUUUAAAAAUUAAUAAAAUUAAUUUUCUAUUUCACUAAAAAAUAAGUGGAGCCGCUGCAAUUGUGGGCUUUUUGCUAGUAGACACACAAACCUAAUACUUAGAAAAUGAGCAAAACACUAUAAAAAUUAGCCUAAAUAAUCUAAAAUUUUAAAUCUACAUAUAAAAUUAUAAUUUACAUGCUUAAAAAUACAGAACAGUAACUAAAGGAAAUCUUAUAUAGUUUAAUCCCACAAUUAUCAUUUUUCUAUUAUACAUCAUAGAGAACCAAAAAGAAAAAAAACAUCCAAUCUUAGAAGUUAGAACCAGUCACUAAUAUUCUCAGUUCCUAUUCCAGAGUGAAAAAAUAUUGGAGAUAUAAUAAAUGAUCCAAGUAAUUAUGGAGCUCUAACUGUUGAAAAGGUUGUGGUGUUAUAAGUUUGUGAGGCAUUGCUCUCCUUGAAUGGCUUCUGCAUCACUUUUGCUGCUUUUAUUGUCUGCUUUUUCAUGGAUUUGGCAACACUGUUUGUGGUCCUCUGUCCCAUGUUCAGUUCAAUUUGUUGUGUAUUGCGUUGGUGAUCCUUAAAGCCAUUCCUUCAUCUACUUGAAUCUGUAAGCUGUUAUUGAUGGGUCAUAUUCAUGGAAUACUUUGUCAUUGAAUCUUUUGGCACUAAGCGUAAUCCACUAUUAUGGGUGUUUUUUUUUUUUGUUAAAUGCUUUAACCAUGCACUGACAGUUUUAAAUUUUAAAUCAUGUGGCUUUGCUCUAAUAAGAAUUAUUGGCUACUAUAUUUUACUAUUUAGUGGUCUUUCACUUUGUUUGGUGCCUUUACCAAACUCAACUA